ACUGCCUACCGGUACUCCUCUCCCAACUCUGUCUAGCUUAUUGUUAUACUUGGCUUAUAAUACAUCCGACCAAUAUGGCUACCUUUUCUCGCCUCGUUCGCUUUCUAGCUAAGGAUGGUCACACUUAUUACGGAGACGCCCUCUUGUCGGCUGGCGCCAGCGACAUUGCUCAGGCGACCAAAGCACGGGUCAUCCAAGGUGACAUAUUCGGUCAACAUAAUGUCACAGACCAGGUCGCUGAGAUCAAAAUGCUUUUGGCCCCACUGGCGAGGAAAGACAUCGGGACUGUGCGCUGUCUGGGACUGAACUAUGAGCAGCACGCUAAAGAAUCAAACCUACCGUUACCGAAGUUUCCUGUUCUUUUCUACAAACCCGUCACAUCCAUCACUGGGCCGACUGAUGAGAUUCCCGUUUCUCGCAUGGCUCAACGAGGCGAAGGGUUGGACUAUGAAUGCGAAUUGGUUGCCGUGAUCGGCAAAGAAGCCAAAGAUGUACCUGAGAGUCAGGCCCUGGAUUAUGUCCUUGGUUAUGCCGUAGGAAACGAUGUAUCUCAUCGUGAAUGGCAGCUAAAACUCGGCGGUGGCCAGUGGGGGCUGGGCAAAGGCUUCGACGGAUGGGCACCAUUCGGGCCCGGUAUUGUUUCUUCGAAGCUGAUCCAUGAUCCGAACAGCUUGCAGAUCUCGACAAAACUGAACGGUCGGACGGUUCAGUCUUCGUCGACCAAGGACAUGAUCUUCAAUGUAGCCAAAACAGUGUCAUUCUUGUCUCAGGGCACCACUUUGUUGCCUGGAGAUGUGAUCUUCACAGGAACGCCUCAAGGUGUUGGUAUGGGUCGUAAACCCGCACUCUGGCUGAAAGACGGCGAUUUGGUUGAGGUCUCCCUCGAGGGCGUCGGUUCAUGUGUGAACCGUGUUGUGUUCGACAAGCCCCCUUCUAAGCUUUGAAUUGAUAUAUAAACGGGGUAGGCAUCCCGGACCCUACUGGGGAUUGAAUCGCACCUCCAGAGUAUCACAGCUUCUUGUGGAAUUCAUCCAAGCCUCCCUGGUAGUCUGUUCAUCUUGAUAUAUAGGAACUCAUAAACAAGAAACGGGGGGUUGUGACUUUCGGUUAACAUAGUCUCUUAAAUUUGUUCUAUUAGUUAAGUAGCACAAGCAUGGUUU